CGAAGUUUUCAAUUGUCUCGUAAGACAGACGCAACUUAAAGCUACAAUUGUUGUCGGUAAAACGAUGCAGAUGAAUUUUGGAAAGUUGUGGAAGCUGACACUGGUGGUGGCAGUUUGCUUCAUGCUGUUGUGUUUUGAUCCUGUUGAUGCUAACCCACUGCCAGGCAAGACCAACCGAAUGAUCAAGAAUUCUAAAAGUAGUAAAUCGCAGACCGAUACUAGGCAUUCGCUCGGGACCGGGACAAGAUUGGGAAUGGCGGGAGUAGGCGCCGCUGGUGGUAUAUUAACAGCCAUACUUUAGUCAACACCACCAAGAUUAACACUGAGUUGAUAUUUAUCACAAAUGGUACGUUAUUUGAUGCACAGGACACACACACCUCUACUCGAGGGUUGAACAUUCGAUUUAAAAUAAAGCUUAUCUAAACAUCACCGAAA